UCCUGAAAUGUGUACAGGCCUUAGGAGACAGGAUGGAUUAAGUUACCCGUGGGUAUUACAAUACGUCUUUGGAAAAAAUGAUGGCAUUUUGAAAGAUGGACAUGGCAAAUGCCAAGGCUUUCUGAUGAUGGUGUUUGGAGUGCUGACGCUAGUCCUGAGCUGGACUUCACUGGGAGCUGACCUGGCAACCGCUGUGGGCACAAGUGAUUUCUGCAUUUCCCCUGACAAAUACAUCAUGAGUAAAACAAAGGAUGUCAUCAGUGCUGAUAUUGUUCAUUACUAUCUGUACUGGAACCAGACUCUCUCCAACCCCUUCCAGCAGCCUCUGGCCAUCUUCCAGAGGUCUCUGACCACCAUGCAGAUCCAGAGCCAGGGUCUGUUGCAGUUUGCUGUACCACUGUUUCCUACGGCUGAGAGAGAUCUCCUGGGUAUACAACAUUUGCUCAACUCCUCGGAGGCCAGUCUGCACCAGCUGACCGCCCUGCUGGACUGCAGGGGGCUCAACAAGGACUACCUGGAUGCAAUGGUGGGGGUGUGCUAUGAUGGAGUGGAGGGUGUACUGUACCUCUGCCUGUUCUCCAUUCUGGCAGCCUGUGCCUUCACUGUCAUGCUGUGUGCCAUUCCCAGGGCAUGGAGACAAAUUGCCUGCAGGGAGCAAGAUUACGAUGACAUGGAUGAGGAGGACCCGUUCAACCCACGGGCAAGGAGAUUAGGGUCACAGAACCCCGACCACACCAACAUGCACAGCUUCUGCAGCUACAGCAGCAGCAUGGGCAGCCAGACCAGCCUGCACCCACCCGCCCCGGCUGUCUCCAAUGCCCCAAUGUCUGAGUACAUGAACCACACAGCUCUUUUCGGGGGAAAUCCACGGUAUAAGAAUGUGCCUCUGAUAGGACGAGGCUCUCCACCCCCAUCGAUAUACUCUCAGCAGUAUAGAAAUCGAUACUCUCCCACUAUGAGGGCCACCUACCUGUCCAUGACCGAAGAACAGAGGAGACACUUUGGAAAUGACUUCCAAGCAUAGACUUCCCUGUUUGCCCAAGGAGAGAAGCAGCAUCGCAUACCAUCUACAAGACAGCAACAUGCAGCUGAUAGAAGACUCACAGAGGAAACUGUGUGGCUUCAUGUUUGUCAGGACUCCAGCGUGUGGAGUCUAAUGAUAAUGGAACAAUAUCUGUAAUCUUCUCUCUGUUCUUUUAGCUCAUUCAUGACAUUUCUAUCCUUUCUUGGAGAACGUGCUAGACAUUUCCAAGAAGCGCUGUCAAACUUAACAAGCUCUUAAUCUGUUUUGUCCUUUGAUACCCUCACACGCUCUUUUAAACAUAUAAAAAAAACCACAAAAAAAGUUGUUUCCCAAUAACGUAAAAAAGAAAGUUUAAAUUCAGUUGAGAUCUCUCUCUGCCUUUGAAAUGGAGAUGUGUACUAAUUUUGACAUCUUAUAUUUGAGUCUCCAAAGAUAAAAGAUGUGAACGCGAUAGCUCAUGCAUCGUUAUUUUCUAUGUAGUGUGCUCCAUGCGUGAUAUUUGUGAAGCACAGAGCCAGCACUGGCAGCACACAGCAGGAGUUUGCGGAGCAGUAUAAUUUAUUUGCAGUCUCACACACACACAAACACGCCUGCUAGUGAAGCUUUAGGAGUCCACAGAGACGAGACUACCUUGAGACCAUGGCUUCUGUAAAUAAGUUGUAAAAUAACAGAUUGUUGUCUUAUUCUGUUUUCUGUUUAAACUGUGUGCCAUUUUUAUAUACUUUUUCUAGUUCUGUCCAGCAAUACAUAGGACCACUAUUUUUUGUAUUUUCUAAUGGGCCAUUAAUUCAUACUCCCUGUAUAUCUAAUCCAACUAAACCAAUAAAGUCGUCAUUCCUAUUGUGAUUCGGGAAGCUGUGCUGCUCUCUGAUUAAUGAAUUCAGGUAAUUAUUGUCAUAGCAAACAAUCCAAAUAAUACAUGUUUGUACCGACUAACGAUGACUUUCUUGUGGAUUGGAUAUAUGCCGUGUCAUUAAUACGUUUUGUGUGUUUGUUUCAGCAUGUUGCACUGUACAGGCACAGAGAGUGGUGCUUAAUUUUGUUUGUGUGUGUGUGUGUGUGUAUGUGUACGCAAACUUCAGGGUCUAAUCGUAAAUUGAAUAAACCAGCUUUGAGUACAAC